GAGUUAGUUUUUCCCGCGAAAGAGACGCGGCGAGCAGUUUUGUGUCCAUCAGUGUGCGUCCUGUUUAGUUUUUUCUUAUACCUAUAAGGAAAAGUCGGGCUUAUUUUUACGCUCAGCUUCUCGUCGUGUCUUUUGCGACCUCGUUCAGCAUGUCUGGUUUUGACGACCCGGGAGUGUACUACAGCGACAGCUUCGGAGGUGGAGAGGGACCCGGCGUGGACGAAGGCGGACAGAAGCGGAUUCAGAUCAAGAAGCGGUUCCGUGAGUUCCUCCGCCAGUUCAGAGUGGGGACCGACCGCACCGGCUUCACGUAUAAAUACAGAGAUGAGCUGAAGCGACACUACACCUUGGGGGAGUACUGGGUGGAGGUGGAGAUGGAGGACCUAGCCAGCUUUGAUGAGGAUCUGUCAGACUGCCUUUACAAGCUGCCGACUGAGAACCUGCCUCUGCUGGAGGAAGCUGCCAAGGAUGUAGCCGAUGAGGUGACCCGUCCGCGGCCUGUUGGGGAGGAAACGGUCCAGGACAUUCAGGUCAUGCUGAAGAGUGAUGCACAUCACGCUUCCAUCCGCAGCCUCAAGUCUGAGCAGGUGUCUCGUCUGGUGAAGGUCCACGGCAUCAUCAUCUCUGCCACAGCAGUGAAGGCCAAGGCCACCAAGGUGUGUCUGCAGUGUCGCGGCUGUCGCGCCGUCAUCCCCAACAUCCCCCUGCCUCCGGGCCUGCAGGGUUACGCCCUGCCACGCAAGUGCAACUCCGAGCCUGCCGGCAGGGCUAAGUGUCCCGUGGACCCUUACUUCAUCAUCCCAGACCGCUGCGUUUGUGUCGACUUCCAGACGCUGCGCCUGCAGGAGUCUCCGGAUGCUGUGCCACACGGAGAGAUGCCCCGCCACCUGCAACUGUACUGCGACAGGUAUUUGUGUGACCACGUGGUCCCAGGCAACAGGGUGACCAUCAUGGGUAUCUACUCCAUCAAAAAGAUAGCUGCACCAAAGGCCAAAGGCAAAGAGAAAGGUGUUGGAGUGGGCAUUCGUGCAUCCUAUCUACGAGUCGUUGGUAUCCAGGUGGACACAGAGGGUGCAGGCCGUGGUACCACUGGAUCAGUCUCUCCACAAGAAGAGGAGGAACUGAGGGCACUGGCUGCUUCUCCUAACAUCUACAACUCUCUUGCACAGUCUGUAGCUCCAUCCAUCUAUGGCAGCGAUGAUCUGAAAAAGGCCAUUACCUGUCUGUUAUUUGGAGGUUCAAGAAAGAGGCUGCCUGAUGGUCUCACUCGUCGCGGCGACAUCAACCUGCUGAUGCUGGGUGAUCCCGGUACAGCCAAGUCUCAGCUGCUGAAGUUCGUGGAGAGGUGCUCGCCUAUAGGAGUCUACACCUCAGGGAAGGGCAGCAGUGCGGCUGGUCUGACCGCCUCUGUGCUGAGGGAUCCCACCACUCGAGGAUUCAUCAUGGAAGGGGGAGCCAUGGUGCUGGCCGAUGGCGGAGUCGUCUGCAUCGACGAGUUUGACAAGAUGAGAGAGGAUGACAGAGUAGCGAUCCACGAGGCCAUGGAGCAACAGACCAUCUCCAUCGCUAAGGCUGGCAUCACCACCACCCUGAACUCUCGCUGCUCGGUGCUGGCAGCGGCUAAUUCCGUGUACGGCCGCUGGGACGACACAAAGGGGGAAGACAACAUUGACUUCAUGCCCACCAUUCUGUCUCGUUUUGAUAUGAUCUUUAUCAUCAAAGACCAGCACGACCAGCAGAGAGACAUGACGCUGGCUCGUCACGUGAUGAACGUCCACCUCAGCGCUCAGACGCAGACCGAGGGUGUCGAGGGCGAGAUUCCACUGGCUACGUUUAAGAAGUACAUUGGUUAUGCCAGAGCUAAGUGUGGUCCUCGGCUGUCUGCUGCGGCUGCUGAGAAGCUAAAAAACAGAUACGUGGUGAUGAGGAGCGGCGCACGCGAGCAUGAGAGAGAGACUGACAAAAGGGCCUCCAUCCCCAUCACUGUCAGGCAGCUGGAGGCGGUCGUGCGUAUCGCAGAGUCCCUGGCCAAGAUGAAGCUGCAGGCCGUGGCUGGAGAAGAGGAGGUCGAUGAGGCCCUGAGGCUCUUCCAGGUUUCCACUCUGGACGCUGCUCUAUCUGGCAGCCUUUCAGGAGCGGAGGGCUUCACUUCUCAGGAGGACCAGGAAAUGAUCUCACGCAUCGAGAAGCAGCUGAAGAGACGCUUUGCGAUCGGCUCGCAGGUGUCCGAGCACAGCAUCGUACAGGACUUCACCAAACAGAAAUAUCCGGAGCACGCCAUCUACAAAGUCCUCCACCUGAUGUUAAGGAGGGGGGAGCUUCAGCACCGUAUGCAGAGAAAAGUCCUCUACAGAGUCAAGUAGAGAAAAGCGCUCUAUUAGAUAACCCCCGUUUUUGUUGCUGUAAAUAGUUGUGAUCUGUUUAUGCGGUUCUGUUUGAAAGUGGAAAUGUUGGAAUGUCCCAUCUUGGCAGUAAUGCUCAGUUCAUCAGGAUGUACGUCAACACGGUGGAUAAAGGGUGUCACUGUCAAGUUGGUCAUAGUGCUUUGUAUCAAGCUAAAGAUGUUACUUAAUGCCUGUGUGCUCUGUUAAAAAUAAAUAAAAUGUUCAAAUUCA